UUGUCUUUAUAUUCCAGCGAGUUAAUCUGUUUUUGGGGGGGGAAUUGAGGGAAUUAUUUUGAUGCGUUCAAGAGUCUUAUGUCCUGAGGGAAGAAGCUGUUACAGAACCUGGAGGUUCUGCUACGGAGGCUGCGGAACCUCUUUCUAGAGCCCAGCAGUGAAAACAGUCCUUGGUGGGGGUGGGAGGAGUCUCUACAGAUUUUCUGAGCCCUGGUCAGGCAACGGCUUUUUGCGAUCUCCUGUAUAGGAGGAAGAGGAGUGCUCUGCAGAGACUUUCAGUCUGAGGCACUGCAGACUCCAGUCCAGACAGAGAUGCAGUUGGUCAGUAGGCUCUCUAUAGUGCGUCUGUAGAAUUUGGUGAGAAUGGGGGGAGGGAGCUGUGCUCUUUUCAUCCGACGCGAAAAGUGCAUGCGCUGCUGAUCUCUUUUUACAAGAGCUCCGGUGUGUAGGGACCAAGUCAUAUUGUCAGUUAUCUGCACCCCCAGGAACUUGGUGCUGCUUACGAUCUCCACUGCUGUGCUGAAGAGUGGAGUGUGGCUGGACUGGUGCCUCCUGAAGUCGACGAUGAUCUCCUUGGUCUUGUCGACGUUCAGGACCAGGUUGUUGGUUCUGCACCAGUCAACCAGAUGUUUCAGCUCCGUUGUUGUCACGGAUGAGGGCCACUACUGUUGUGUCGUCCGCAUACUUCACAGUGUGGUUAGUAGUGGACAUGGCGCAGUAGUCAUGGGUCAUCAGUGUGAACAGCAGCGGACUCAGGACACAGUCCUGGGGGGAGCCGGUGCUCAGGGAGAUGACAUCAUUGUUAUCAGGUCAGAAACACACACAUGUACAUACUGUACUUCGAGGAGUAAGGAGGGUUUCCAGUCAGAAUGUAUUGAUCUUUAUUAUCUUUUUAAAAAGACUGACUUGUCUUAUACAAAUUGUAUCGAAUCAAUGGAAGGUGUACCUAAUAUUGUGGCCAAGAUGGCGCCGAGUGCCAUCAAUGUUAUCAGGUGUGCUGUGCUUGUGGGAGUGAUGCUUGAUGUGAGAACCUCCCUCUACAUUCCCAUGAAAUGGGGGGGGAAAAACCUGCUCAGAGUGACCAUGAUGAUCUUGCGACGGUGGGGCCUGCUGCUGGCACUGGAAUGCAUCUUUCUAGGUGUCUUCAGCCAGGCUCCCAGUCAGAAAAGGCAGUGUGCCUUCCAGGUGAAGCCAAAAGACAGCAGUUAUUUAGCGGAGGGAAACGUCAGCGACUCGGUUCAGGUGUGUGAGCGCACAUACUGCUGCGUGGGCUAUUUCUUCAUUGGCGCAGGCCCGCCACAGGUUGAUGUGCUCGCUUGUAAUAAAUUAGAGAAAUCUUGCCCGGAUGCAACCUGCAAGCCGCAAACCCGUGUGAAGCGGAUAGCUAAGUGUGUGUGCAACACAGACCUCUGCAACAGCAACAUUACCUGGACUGGUGUCAGCAACAAAAUCUGGACUGGUGUGAUACAAGAGCACGGGUCCACUGGCAUUGUGGAAGCAACAUGGAUCCUACUUGUUGUCCUGAGUGUGGCGCUUCUGUGCCUUGUGGUUGUUGCUCUUCGAUGGAAACAUCUCUCAAAAAAGAAAAUGUGUUCCACCCCAACACCACCGACCCCACAGAUAGAUGUCACUCAUAUACAACUACAGCAGAUCGUGGCCCGCGGGCAUUUUGCCACUGUUUGGCGGGGAACACACAGAGGCUCUACGGUGGCGGUUAAAGUUAUCCCCGCCCCCAUGAAACACGCGUUCACCUUGGAGGAAGAGGUUUACAAACUUCCGCUGAUGAAGCACGCCAACAUUAUCCACUUCCUGGACUCUGGGAGACGGUCCCAUGAUGGCAGCUGGCUCAUUGUCCUGCAGUUUGCGGAAUAUGGCUCUUUGCACUCUUUUCUGUGCAAGAACACCACCAUCUGGCCGUUGUCACUUAAGUUGUGCCACUCUUUAUCGCAGGGACUCUCCUAUCUGCAUUCGGACCUUCGUACACCAGAAGGGCACAAACCUCCCGUGGCCCACAGAGACCUGAGUAGUUUGAAUGUGCUGGUACGAGCAGAUACUACUUGCGCCCUGUGUAAUUUCGGCAGCGCCAACAUCCUGCGCUCAAGUUCGACACGCUGCCAGACAACAAGCCCAAAGUAUCACACUCAGGUGGGAACACUGCACUACAAAUCCCCUGAGAUUCUGGAAGGUUCUGUUAAUCUUCUCAGCAACUGGUGCUUGCAAGCUGAUGUCUAUGCUGCGGGUUUGCUGCUGUGGGAGAUCUGGAUGCGCUGCUCGGAUUUAUUUGAAGACGGCGCACCUCCGCAACACCUCCUGCCUUACGAACAAGAGCUAGGAGCCGGGUUGACCUGGGAGAGCCUCACCGUUCACGUGUCUCACAUGGAAAGAAGACCCUCAGUACCGGAGCAUUGGCAAAUGCUGAGACAGGGGUCGGUGCUGCAGGAUCUACUCAGGGAAUGCUGGGACUGUGACCCAGACGCCCGGCUGACCGCACAGUGUGUUGCGGACAGAUUAGUAUCUCUUGACUCUCAUUUAUCUGGAUAACAAUUGAUAUUCACUUUGUCUUCUUAUCCUCUACAUCGGUGUUGAAUUUGUUUUUGGGCGAAACCUCGUGGUAACAAUUAUUCAUUAAAGGGGAACAUUAUCACAAUUUCAGAAUGGUUAAAACCAUUAAAAAUCAGUUCCCAGUGGCUUAUUUUAUUUUUCGAAGUUUUUUUCAAAAUUGUACCCAUCACGCAAUAUCCCUAAAAAAAAAGCUUCAAAGUGCCUGAUUUUAACCAUCGUUAUAUACACCCGUCCAUUUUCCUGUGACGUCACAUAGUGAAGCCAACACAAACAAACAUGGCGGAUAGAACAGCAAGCUAUAGCAUACCUGCCAACUACUCCGGUUUUCCCGUAAUUAGUACGGUUUUCAUCAACCUUUCAUCAACGGUUGCAGUGAUAAAAAAUACGGUUUUUCAUUAAUUAAAAAAACAUUUUUUUUUAAAGUUUUAUUCACGAAAUCGCGUAACAACGACAAUCGACACUGCUUCCCGUAACUUCCUAUCGAGCCAUUCCGAAUGCCAUGCGCGAGGCUAUUUAUAGCACCGCUGCCAAGCAUGAGGCCAUUGUUUCCAAACGAGCGAACGAUCAUGGAAUCAGCCGGAGAAAAAUCGCAUACGAGUCUUAAACCGAAAAGAAAACUGCAGUCAUUCCGUGAAGAAUAUUCAAAAGCCUAUCCGGGAAUAAUUAUCCGUUCCAAAAAGGGUGAAAACUACGCGAAUUGCACCUUGUGCAGACAAGAUUUUUCGAUCGGACAUGGAGGAAUUAGCGAUGUAAAAGACCACGUUGGGACAAAAAAACACAAGUCUAAUGCCGUUGCUAGCGAUACAAGUGGAAAACUUUCAACGUUUUUCGUCGCCCAAACAGAUUCUUUGGAUGUGAUAAAUGCCGAAGUUUUAUUUACGGAGGCAAUAAUUGAGCAAACAAAAAGGUAAUGACACCAAUGUUAUCUA